UGGCGGAGCCGGGCGGCGCGGCCGCGGGCGGGAGCGGCGGCGGCGGCGGGAUGAUGCGCAGCCAGUGCCUGCUCGGGCUCCGCUCCUUCGUGGCCUUCGCCGCCAAGCUCUGGAGCUUCGCGCUCUACCUGCUGCGGCGGCAGGCGCGCACCGUGAUCCAGUACCAGACCGUGCGCUACGACGUCCUGCCCCUGUCGCCCAUCUCCAGGAACCGCCUGAACCAGGUGAAGAGGAAGAUCCUGGUGCUGGACCUGGACGAGACCCUGAUCCACUCCCACCACGACGGAGUCCUGAGGCCCACGGUGCGGCCCGGCACCCCCCCCGACUUCAUCCUCAAGGUCCCGAAACCGCCCAAAAUCCCCUCAAAUCACCCCGAAAUUCUGGGAAUUUUCCCAAAAUUCCAUGGAUUUCCCCCAAAAUUCCCAAAUUUCCCCCAGGUGAGCCAGUGGUACGAGCUGGUGGUGUUCACGGCCAGCAUGGAGAUCUACGGCUGCGCCGUGGCCGACAAGCUGGACAACAACCGCAGCAUCCUCAACCGGCGCUACUACCGACAGCACUGCACGCUGGAGCUGGGCAGUUACAUCAAGGACCUGUCGGUGGUGCACAGCGACCUGUCCAGCAUCGUCAUCCUGGACAACUCCCCCGGCGCCUACCGCAGCCACCCAGGGUGGGAUUACCCCCAUUAUUUUUUGGAAUUCGGGGGGAUAACCCCCAUUGUUAUUUUUUGGAAUUUAGGGUUCACGGCCGACGUUCGCUCCGUGCUGAGCCGCAACCUCCACCAGCACCGCCUGUGGUGA